AUGGAAAUGGUCCCAGCUGUAUUUCUCCCCCAAGAAUAUGCAGAGGUUGUCGACCUUGAAAUCGCAAACAUUUCUGUCUCUGAUCAGCAAAACCGCGAGUUCAAUAGCCUCUACCCUCUUCUUCUGUGUUGUCACCCUCGUCUGAUAUCCACGGAUAUUUUGAGAGCUCCACGUGAAAAGCUCGAGGAAUCAUGCAAUAAUGUCAUUUCUGGUCUGGUGAAUUACGACUUGCAUAUUGUCGCUGCGAGAUAUGCGCGAUAUCAAAGGAGUCUUGCCAUUGACGAUCCUGUUGCACAAAAAGCCGCCGAAAUGAUGGAAGACUCAAACUACGUCGUUGAGCUAGAACUAUGUCAUAACAAAGAUGGAAAGCCACAACGGCCCUUUGAGUGUCGACUCUGCGGUUAUAGAGCUGAAAAGCAGACUGUGAAGAGGCACAUGCUGCGUAUGCACUUGAAGUCGAAGUGA